AAUGCUAUUAUAAUAAAUAAUUUUAGUAUUCAAAAAUUUAUAUUAUUUUAAUAAAAGAAAUAAUAAUGGAAAAAUAUCAAAAAAUAAUUCAAGAUUAUUUAAUAGAGGAAUUGCAUAUUGAUAUAAAUAAUAAUAACAAUAAUAAUAUAAAUAAUAUUAAUACUAAAAAUCAGAUAUCACAAGAAUUUACCGAACCACAGUCACCUCAAACACAGCAGGAACAUAAUGAAGCAGAAAAUACUUACACAUUCGAACAAAAAGAUAAUUUGAUAAAUUUAAAAUUAAAUAAUAUUAAUAAUAGUCCAUAUUCAAUCGAAAAUGAAGAAUAUAAACAUAAAAUAUUAGUAGAAGAUUUAGUAAUAACAUUUGAAAUGACAAAUGAAGAAAAGGAAUAUUUUAAACAAGUAAAAUCAAGAUAUUUAGAGGCAAAACAAAUAUUUUUAAAUGAAAAAUUAAAUUUAGAAGAGAAAACAAAUCAAAUUAAAACAAUUUUAAAUCCAUUUGAAUUUGAACAAUACAAAAAAUCAAAUUUUAAUUUUUUUGGAAAGAUCCCGCCAAAAUCAAGAGUAGACAAAGGUAGUUUGGAGUAUCUUUCUGAAAAUUACUCCCAGUUUUCAUUGGUUUCAAUGGGAUAUCCGCUUCAAUUCUUAAAAACCUCAAUAUGUAAAAACAACAAUAGAAUUCCACAUUUAUUUACAAUCUCGAAAUACGACAGAUCAUUUUCAACUUUUCAAAUAUUAAGAAAUAUUAUAAAAAAUAAUGAUUUAUUUUUGGCAAUGUAUUUUAAUUCAAUAUGUAUAUUAAACAAAUCAGUUUUUAAAGAUGAAAACAAUACAAGUUAUAGUUGUGAAUUUUAUAAAAGAAAUAAAAAGAAACAAAAUAAACUAUGUAAAAUAAUAAUACCAGAACCAAACUAUAUUGACAAGCAUUCAGUAAUUUGUUUCGAGGGAAAAGAAAACGAACCUGUAGAUAGAAGAUUUGAAUACUCCUCACAAGAUUUAAAUGAUACAUUGGUUACGUUUAGAAACAAAUAUAGAAACAUGCCAAAUAAAGAAUUUGGAGAAAGAAAUGAUAAAAAAAAUAAAGAUGAUCAAUUAGCUGACAGUAACGACAAUGACAAUUAUUAUACCGAAAUUAAAAAAUGGCCCAUUCAAGUUAGAAUACCAUCACUAAAAAACAUUCUAUAUGGUGUAGUUAGAGAGCUCAUUUUAAUGGAUAAAAACUAUUUAGAUAAAUUUUUAAAUAGUUUACCAAUAGAGAUUAUUGAGGGGUUUAUAAAAAGCUGUAAAGAUGAUAAAACCCCUUUGGGAUUUUAUUGUACGAUGGUUUUGAUAGAAAAGGUUUUAAAUAGUAAAGUUUUAAAUAAUAAUGUUCAAUUACCAAGAAUAGAUCAAUUAAUCAAACUGGCAAAUGACCACGACAGUUAUUUUGCAUUUAUGUAUGAAAAAUCAAUAUCACAGGAUAUUUUUCACCUACAGUAUAAUCAAGAUUAUUUAAUUAAUAUUUAUAAUAAUUUGGAUUUAUUUAAAUAUAAAAAAUGGCCUUAUGAUGAUCAAUUUGUUUUAAAGAGUGAGGAAAAUAUGGAUUCUCUAGUUGGUAAACCAUCUGUAGUGUGUAAAGAAAAGUUCAUUGAAUUGUUCAAUAAAGAAUCGCAUAAUAGGUUCAAUGAAUCAUUUAAUUGGAAUAAUACUUUGAUGGUAGGUGGUUUUGUUACAAUGUGUUUGACAGACAGUGUGGAACUAUUCAAAGAAACAGACAUCGAUAUAUACUUUUUUUCAUUGUCAGAGUCUGAAAUGUUGGAAAGAUUAAAUUCAUUCAUUAAUCAUUUAAAAGAAAUUGGUGAUUGGGAUAAUUAUUCAAUGAGCAAAACAAUAGCAGGCUCAAUAGUAUUAUCAAAACAUUAUCCAUACAAACAUAUUAAAUUUCAUCUAGAAAACUAUGUAAAUAAAAAUCAUAUUUUAGUUUGCAGUGAUGUCAACUCCAGUUCAGUAGCUUUUGAUGGGGAGAAUGUUUAUUCUCUAUAUACAUCCAUGGAAUCUUUAAAUUAUAAAUGCAAUUUUCUCAGUAGGUCCUCAUGGAUGUUAAAUGGGGAUAUUAGAUAUCAAGGUAGAUUAGUGAAAUAUUUAAACAGAGGCUAUUCAAUGGUGUCAAGCGACUUAAAGCAUUUAAAAGAUGAUGAAUUUGACCCCCACAAUAAUCAUUCAGGCCUUUCAUUACUAUUAUCUUGCCAAAAAAAUAAUGAAGUUACCCAGUUCAUUAAAUCCUCUAUUUUACCAUUACCUUUUGGUCCAGAAAUUAAUAAAAACAACUUUGAAAAAUUAAUUGGUGAUCAUAUGCUUAUAUCAAGAUAUCAGACUAUUACUGAAGAAUAUUUGGGAAUGAUAAAAAACCAUCCCAAUCAUUACCCUCGAAAUAGAAAGUAUACCUCUUUAUCUUCAAAUAUGUUUCCAUUUUUAAAUGUACAACCACGUUAUUGGUAUAAAAUUCACUUUUCAAAUGGUCAAAUUUAUUUAUUUAGAUAUGCAAAUAUUCAAAUUAGCAAUUUAACAGAUACACCAUCCAAUCAAAAUAAUAGCCUAUCUAUCAAUAAUAAUAAUAAUAAUAAUAAUUGUAGUAAUCCCUAUAUUGAUAAUAUACCAUACGGAAAAGCUCUCGAAACUCAAGAUGUUUUCUUUGUUUCUUUUGUAUGUACAAUUGUAGCGAUGGUGUGUAGCUUGGUAAUUCUUGUCCUUCAACUUAUUAAUAUUAAAGUAUAUUCGAAACAUAAUUUAUAUUUGGUUAAUGCAAUUUCAAAAAUGAUAGCUGUAAUUAUGUUAUGCUUCAACCUAUUCUCUACCCUAUAUCCAGUGCUUAACUUUAGAUCAUCUUUCGACAAAGAGUGUCACAUCUUUGGAAACUGCAUAGACUCCAGUAAUGACUCUUUUAUCGGUGAUGAUAAAAACGCAAGUUUUCAACCCUGGUACUCUUGGUUCUUUAAUUGUAUUUCUAUAUGCUUUGUAUUCUGUGGUAUCAUUUUAUUCUUUAUCAAAAAUAAAAAAGACAAAUAUAAAAAAUAUCAAUUAUUAGUUUAAUAGUCAAAACAAAUCCAAUCAAAAAAUUAACACAAAAAAAAAAAAAAAAAAAAAAAAAUAAUAUCCAACC